CAACUCCCAGGUAGCACCGCGCAAAGCUUUUGUUGUUGUGGGACAGCUGAUUUCUGAGUGCGGGGGUGCGAGAAAGUGAGCAUCAUGGAGGAUUCUUCCUUAUCUCAGGUGUCAUGUGUCAGCUUUUUGAAUGUGACCCAAACAUAUGUGCCCAGUACCAAAGUGGAAUGCCACUACACCCUGCCAGCCGGUAUGAAGGGUUCUACCAGUGACUGGAUCGGCAUUUUUAAAGUGGGAGCUUCUUCUAUACGGGACUAUGAAACCUUUGUCUGGGCAAUGUCCUCUGAGGCACUUGCAAAUGAAGCUCACUGCAGUGUUCAAUUUCAAGCCUGCUAUUUACCACAUCCUGGAGAGCAGCAAUAUAACUUUCGCUACGUGGAUCACCAUGGAGUUGUGAAAGGAAUCAGUGAGUCUUUCGUGUUCAGUGUACCACGUCCCAUAGAAGACUUGGUCACACUAGAAGAUGAGGAGGCAUCUCUGGACAUGAUCUUGGUCGUCCCUAAAGCUACUUUCUUGCAGCAACAGCUGGAGCUGUCCCAGCAGGAGAGGAAUGAUCUGAUGAGAGUGAGACUUGCACUGGAGGAGGAUGUGAACUCCCUUAAGAAACAAAUCAAGGAUCUUGAGGCUGCGCUGGAGACUUCAAACAACAAGCACGCCACUCUGAACCACCAGUACCAGGAUCUCUUCUUGAGAGAACAGAUAGUAAGGGAAGAGCGUGACAUGCUGAGCUGUAAGGAAACGGAGCAUCGAGAUCAGAUUUUAAAACUUGAGGGAGAUCUCUACAUCAUGAAUGUGAAGCUGCUGGAAAAAGAGAAGGAGCUGGACAUGCUUAGGACAAAACAUUUGUCACUGGAAACAGAGAAGGACGAGUUAAAGCAACGUCUUAAAGUGGCAACAUCCGAGUUGGAGCGCUCCCAGCUGCAGAUGGACGCCCUACGUGAAAAGCUUCGUUGCACACAGGAUCUACUCUCAGCAAGCCAGCAGAAAGUGAUGCUAUUGGGUGAGGAGCUAACAACAGUCUCUUCUAUCCGGGACCGGACCAUCUCUGACCUUCACAAGAGUCGCCUGGAAACUGCUGACCUUGCCAUUAAAGUGUCAGACUUGAGUCUGAGGUAUAAAGAAGGCAUGGGACAGUGGUGGCAAGAGAAGACAGCGCUCAGCCACAGCAUGGAGGCUAAGAGGGACCAAAUUGUGAAUCUGAAAGCUGAAAAGCUGAAUUUGGAGAGCAGCCUACAUGAAGAGAGGAGUCAGAGGCAGUCCCUUCAGUGCCAAAUAAACCAAGAAAAAGAUGCCAGUCAGGUGCAGUUAUCAGAGAGCAGGAGAGAGCUGAGCGAGUUGAGAUCUGCCCUGAAGGUUGCACAAAUGGAAAAGGAGCAGCUGAGAGAAGAGAGACAGGAGUUGAUGCAAUAUGUGAGGAGACUGGAAGAACGUCUGGACAGACUCGCCGAUGAGAAAUGGAGGGAGGACAAAAUGGUUGAGGAAGAUAUGCCAGCAACGUUAAGUUCAUCAAAUUCGUUGCAAGGUCUCCCUGACUCAGAUGAUGAGUCUGUUGAAAACAUGAGACUGCCUCAGCAGGAAGACCCCUACAAAUUGAGUGACCAGCUCUCUUCUACUUUACCUGUCUUCCCUCGAGAGUGUCAGAGGGUGGUGAUCAACCAACCAGCACCGAUCGCAUGUCAGCUGCAACCGCUUCCUGAGGACAGCCCUGACUCUUGGUAACCUCAUAUCCUCCCAACAAGAUGAAUUACAUAGAACAGCGUGGUAGUAGCGCCCAUACAGAAGGACGCUGACGACAUUGUUUCUUAUAAAGACCCCUGUGUUUUCUUUCCAGUAUGGCACCAGUACAGUUUGGCACCAGACAGCCACCAUUAUGCAAUGACUGGGCUAUGAGUAAGAACUCAGUGCUAGUUUUAUAUCGGCUUCUGGGUGGACCUUUUCUUCUGUCUCCUAAGAGCUACGUUUGUGUAACCUUGCAGCAUUAUCCACUGCUCCUCGCGCCCGUGUAACCAGUUACUGUCACCUUUUACAUUAAUACUUUUGGUUAUUUGCAAUAUUCACCUGGCAGUAUAAUUGCGGCACUACCUUAGAAGAGCUCCGAAUUGCAGAACAUUUAAUAUGUACUUCAGCAUUGUUUUCUAUAGGAAAAGCACCUAAAGCACAGAUCUAAGCUGUCAUGAAGGACUUGGUCAGCCGUCUCUUAUAGCAAUAAUAUUCUCAAGGUAGAAAAUAUACAGAAGGAUCAUUUAGAUGUACACAUGUCACCAUACGUUAUAUAUCUUCUUAAAGGCUGUUUUAGUUGUCAGGUUUUUUUUUUUAUAACCUCUUACUGUAUAACUUUACUUAUGUUUUUUAGUUUUUUAGGAGAUUUUGAGAAAGUGAAGAAAGAAAACUGAUGUGGAUGUAAGUAGUGACCAGCACGGUAACCCUGCUCAGUUAUGUAGACUUGGUGUCGAGGUGGCCAUACAGGUUAGAUGAAUGUCGGCUGGACCAUCUAAUGUACAGAGCCCCCGACUCUUCUCUGAUGGCAGAUGUUCUCAAGGAAGAUAAGACAUCUCUGACAGCGGCUCUCUAUUGAGGAUGCAUGCACGAGCCAGGCAUUUGUGUAUAUGGUGGUCGGAAGGGAUAGCUUUCAGUGGAACAUGUAUGGCCAGCAUUAAGGUUGUGAUUAGAGAUAGCAAAGUGAGCUUCAGAUGCUACAUCCAAAGCCGCUUCGCUAAAAUAUUUGUUAAAAUGCUGUACGGAGAUCCUUCUCUGUACAGUAUUAGAAUGUACUGCCUCCAAUGAGACAAAGUCAGUUUUUCACAAAGUCGCACGCGACUUCAUUGAAUAACUUCAGUAAUUGAUUAUUACAGUGAAAAACCACUUCAAAACUUGGAACCGAACUGUAAUUAAAGGGGUUGGCCCAUCAUAGACAAUGGGGGCAUAUCGCAAGGA